AUGAUUGACAGAGAGGAGGCUUAAAGGUCUAAAGAGGGACGACAGACGUGCAGCACCAUUUUUAUCUUCAAAGAUUCAGGAUGAGGAUUGAGGUCACUCUUCUGGGCUUCUUUGGCCUGUGUCUCACUGUGGCACUAAUUGGACAGGGAAUGGGGGUGGAACUUCCUGAUCCUCCAGCUGUGAACUGUGCCUGGAGCCGCUGGUCAGAGUGGAGCCCUUGUGAUCCUUGCACAAGAACCAGAAGGCGUUCGCGAAGUGCAGAAGUGUUCGGUCAGUUUGGGGGUGACUCCUGUCAGGGAUCAGUGGGGGACAAGGAGUUCUGUAUAACAGAAGCUACGUGUGAGAGACCACCUCCACCUGUGUGCACCGACCAAGAGUUCCAGUGCGAGUCAGGUACUUGCAUUAAAAAGAGAUUAAUGUGUAAUGGAGACUAUGACUGUGAGGAUGGAUCUGAUGAAGACUGCGAUCCUGUCCGUAGACCCUGUCAGUCAGCAAUGGUAGAGAACAACGAGCAAGGCAGGACAGCGGGAUACGGAAUCAACAUCUUGGGCGCAGACCCCAGAAUGAACCCUUUCAACAAUGAUUAUUUCAACGGGCAUUGUGAUCGAGUGAGGAAUCCAAACACAGGGCGAGAUGACAGACUUCCUUGGAAUGUCGGUGUGCUAAACUAUCAGACUCUAGUAGAAGAAACUGUCUCCAGAGAGAUCUAUGAAGACACACACAGCCUCCUGAGGGAAAUGCUGAAAGAGAUGACGGUAAAAGUCGAUGCUGGACUUUCCUUCAAAUUCAACCCAAGUGAGCCAUCCCUGGCCAACGUUUCAGUGAAUGUUGGCCUCAGUAAGCAGUAUGAGAAGAAAACAAUCAUAAAGGAGGUCUCAGAGUACACCAACAUCCAGAACAAGAGUUUCAUGCGAGUGAAAGGAAAAGUUCAGCUGAGCACCUACAGGCUCCGCUCCCGUCUGCUCCAAGUGGCCGACGAGUUUGUGGAGCACGUUAGGUCUUUGCCUUUGGAGUAUGAGAAGGGAAUUUAUUUUGCUUUCCUGGAGGACUACGGGACUCACUACACCAAAAACGGGAAGUCUGGUGGUGAAUAUGAGUUAAUCUAUGUGCUCAACCAGGACAGCAUCAAGGCAAAAAAUCUGACAGAGCGAAAGAUUCAAAAAUGUGUCAAAUUGGGUAUUUCAGUCGACUUUGUUACCACGGAGAUAUCUGAUGGGAAAGGACACUACAAUAAAGACGACUGUGAUGAUGUGACCUCUAAAGUAGAUGGGGAUGUUAAGGGUAAAGCUGUGGUUGACAAAGUGAUGACUUCAGUUAAAGGAGGAACACUGGAGAGUGCCGUUACCAUGAGGGCUAAAUUAAAUCAAGAAGGAGUGAUGGACAUCGAAACAUAUCAGAACUGGGCCCGGACCAUUGCUGACGCACCUGCACUGAUUCACAGUGAGCCUGAUCCCAUUUAUAACUUAGUCCCAGACAUGCCGGGCGCUAACACUAGGAGAUCCAACCUGAAGCGAGCCACGGCGGAAUACAUGGCAGAGUACAACGUGUGCAAGUGUAAGCCGUGUCGCAACGGAGGCUCGUUAACCCUGCUGGAUGGGAAGUGUAUGUGCCUCUGCCCUCACCUGUUUGAAGGCUUGGCCUGCCAGAAUUUUAAGGGUGACAAAGUAAAUCCCCCAGCUCCGAGACCCGCUGUUAUUGAGGAAGGUAACUGGGCAUGUUGGACCCACUGGAACAGCUGUAGUGGAGGAACACGCACGAGGACACGCACAUGUAACACAGACGGGCUGCCUGGAGCUGCAUGCAGAGGAGACACUAGGAGUGAUGAAUACUGCUGAACAGAUACAGGAUCACUUUAAAAACAGAACCUCUCUCCAUGUACUCACCAAAACAAUACAAUACUACAGAAGAUACUAGUUAAAAUCAAACAACACAGGCACUGAUUGGCUCAGUCAGUAGACUCGGGGCUAGGUACAGCUCAAAAAAAUAAAUAUACAUCUUUUUGUUACCACAACAAUGAAAACUGAAGUCCUAGGGUUUCAGUAUUGGCAAAGUUUUAGUUCAUAAUGACAAGAAACUUCAAGCAAACUCCUGUUAAACACAUUUCUUUUAAACAAAUAGUGUUGAGAAGUUUCCAAAAAAGUAUGACAAACUGAGUUCACACAGCCUUCUAUGUUUUAAAAGUUAAAAUCAUGGUUUCAGAGCUGUGAGCAAUUUGGCCUAAGAUGCUUAGCUAGUAGGAGAAGAGCGCCUUCUUUGGGUUAGUAAUGGAUAUAGCAGGCUAUAAAAGUUUUAUUGAAUGUAGACGGAUUUCUAAAUCAUCUUGUGAUUUGAAUUUGUUUAUUUAGUGUGUAAAGUAUGCACUGUAAAUACAUGCACAUAUUUGGUUGGAAAAAAAUCCUGUGCACCCAUCACACCACUGCUCUGGCACACAAGACCCCUUAUGAUUUUCUUUUUAUUCCAAAUGCAAUAUUCUAAUGUCAUAUUGUUGUUGUUUUUUUUAAUUUUUGAAUAGAUUUUUGGUGACUGUAAGUUCUUGACUGUAUUCUGCACAUUUUCAUGUUUCCUUCUUUAAGUUUCAGCUCUUAAAGGGCUUCUAUUUUGGAAACUCAGUUAUAGCAUGUAAACACUCAUAUCUUACCAAGUGUAUUUGUCUCAUUUUUAUCUAAAAACACUUCAGUGUCAUUAAUAUAAGCCGCACUCAGUUAAACAGUUCAUUUCAGCAGUGUUAAUUUCGUCAACUAAAACUAUGACUAAAUAGAGGGGAAUUUUUUCUAUGACAAUAACUAGACUAAAGACCUUUGCACACUGGGUCUGAUUAUUUUGUCCAAAUUUUUUGCUUGUUAAAAAAUAAAAUCAAGCUCACGUUGUUCUAA